GGAGGGGUGGUUGUGGAAGCAAAAAUUGUUGUAUCAGUAGUUGUUUUGAUGUCAGACAAAGUUGUGAUUGAUGCAUCAGUGGUUGACAAUAGAGGGGUGGUUGUGGAAUCCAAAGUUGUUGUUGCAUCAGUAGUAGUUGUGGUGUCAGGCAGAGUUGUGGUUGAUUUGUCGGCUUUUGUUAACGUUGGUGCUACAGUCGAAGAUGUGGGAGGGGUGGUUGUGGAAGUCAAAAUUGUAGCAUCAGUAGUUUUUGUGGUGUCAGACAGAGUUCUGGUUGCUGCAUCAGUUGUUGAAAUUGGUGCAAUACUUGAGGAUAUUAAAACAGUGUUUGUCAGAGCCAAAGCUGUAGUUGUAUCAAUAGUUUUUGUGGUGUCAGGUAUAGUUGUGGUUCCUGCAUCAGUUGUUGACAUUGGUGCUAUAGUUGAGGAUUUUAGAGGGGUGGUUGUGGAAGCAAAAAUUGUUUCAUCAGUUGUUGUUUUGGUGUCAGACAGAGUUGUAGUUGCUGCAUCAGAUAUUGUUGCCGCUAGUGCCACAGUUGAGCGUGUUGGAAAGGUGGAUGUGGUAGCCAAAAAUGUUGUAGCAUCAGUAGUUGUUGUGGUGUCAGGCAGAGCUGUGGUUGCUGAAUCAGCUGUUGACAUUGGUGCUAUAGUUGAGGAUUUUGGAGGGGUGGUUGAGGAAGUCAAAAUUGUUGCAUCAGUACUUGUUGUGGAGUCAGACAGAGUUGUGGUUGCUGCAUCAGAUAUUGUUGCCGUUGGUGCCACAGUUGAGGAUGUUGUAAAGGUGGUUGUGGUUGCCAAAGAUGUUGUUGCAUCAGUAGUUGUUGUGCUGUCAGGCAGAGUUGUGGUUGAUUUAUCAGGCAUAGUUGUGGUUGCUGCUUUAGUUGUUGAUGCUGGUGCUAUAGUUGUCGAUGUCAGAGGUGUGGUUGUCGAAGCCAAAAUUGAUGUUGCAUCUGUUAUUGUUGUGGUGUCAGACAAAGUUGUGGUUGACGCAUCAGUGGUUGACAUUAGAGGGAUGGUUGUGGAAUCCAAAGUUGGAUGA